UGAUUCUAUAAAAAACCAUGAAAAAUUCAGAAUCUUCAUAUACCAAACAUGGCAAAAAAAAACUUUGUUUUACACUAUAAUCUACUGUUAAUUUCUUUGUUGGCAUUUUUGUUUUUGUUAACAGAAGGGGCACCUCAGAGUGCACUGGUAACUCAACUACCUGGCUUCAAUGGCACUUUUAACUCAAAACAUUAUGCUGGGUAUGUUAAUAUAGAUGAAAGUCAUGGGAAAAAUUUGUAUUACUACUUUGUUGAAUCUGAAAGAAAUCCAUCAAAGGAUCCAGUUGUUCUUUGGCUUAAUGGUGGACCUGGUUGUUCAAGCUUUGAUGGAUUUGUCUAUGAGCAUGGGCCUUUUAAUUUUGAUUUUGGAAAGCCAAGUGGUAGCCUGCCUUCUCUGCACAACAAUCCAUACAGUUGGUCUAAGGUUUCCAAUAUAAUAUAUCUGGACUCUCCUGUUGGUGUUGGAUUAUCUUACUCGGGAAAUAAAUCUGACUAUAAUACAGGAGACUUAAAGACUGCAUCUGAUAGCCACUCAUUUCUCCUCAAGUGGUUUGAGAUCUACCCGGAAUUCCUCAAGAACCCAUUUUACAUAUCUGGAGAGUCUUAUGCUGGAAUAUACGUACCAACUCUGGCUUCUGAAGUAGUAAAAGGUAUUGAUGCUGGAGUAAGGCCAGCUAUCAACUUUAUGGGUUACAUGGUGGGAAAUGGCGUGGCAGAUGAUAUAAUAGACGGUAAUGCUAUUGUUCCAUUUCAACAUGGUAUGGGCCUCAUUUCAGAUGACUUAUAUGAGGAAGCUGUUGUUGCAUGCCAUGGAAAUUUCUACGAACCAGUGGAUAGUAAUUGUUCAGAAAAGCUUAAUAAAAUUGAUCAGGUAGUUUAUGAUCUAAACGUUUAUGACAUUCUAGAACCAUGUUACCACAGCAAAAAACCUAGUGUAAUUACCACUGGUAACUCAAGAUUGCCUAUGAGCUUUCGUAAACUAGGUGAGACAGAAAGGCCUCUUCCUGUCAGAAAAAGAAUGUUUGGCCGUGCAUGGCCUUAUAAAGCCCCAGUAAGAGCGGGACAUGUCCCAACUUGGCCGGAGAUUCUCAAUAGUGUAGAAGUCCCUUGCACAGAUGAUCGUGUUGCUACACUGUGGCUCAACAAUGCAGAUGUUCGUAAAGCUAUUCAUGCUGAACCAGCAACUGUGAUAGGUCCCUGGGAGCUAUGCACAGACAAAAUAGAUCUGGAUCAUGAUUCUGGAAGCAUGAUUCCAUAUCACAAAAAUCUCACAGCUCGGGGCUAUCGGGCAAUCAUAUUCAGUGGAGAUCACGAUAUGUGUGUUCCAUUCACUGGUUCAGCAGUAUGGACAAAAUCUCUUGGAUAUCCGAUCGUGGAUGAAUGGAGGCCUUGGUAUGUGAAUGACCAAGUUGCAGGUUUCAUACAAGGUUAUGCCAACAACCUCAUUUUUAUGACUAUUAAGGGAGCUGGACAUACCGUGCCAGAAUACAAACCACGAGAGGCGUUGGCGUUCUACUCUCGCUGGUUAGAGGGCAAGAAGAUAUGAUAAUAUGAAGAUUGAAUUGGAAGAGUGGCUAGAGGGCAACAAUAAUAUAAAUGAAUAAUGAAGACUGAAUUAGAAGACAUUAAGUCCAAUUAUUUCAGAGAUUUUUCUAUGAUAAUAUUGGAUUUUUAUCAUCAAUUUCUGUCUGCAAUAAGAAAUUAGUAAUUGUAUGUUAUCUAAUGUACCUUUUGACUGUUAAGGCAUGCAUGCUCAUAUUAAUUAUUUCACUCCAA